AUGUCGUUCAAAAAGGACGAAGAGGUCGGGGCCACCGGCUUCUACCAGGACAAGACCUCGGUCAUUCAGGAGGCUCGUGUCUUCAACGAGACGCCCAUCAGUCCUCGAAAAUGCCGCAUCCUUCUCACAAAAGUCAUCUAUCUCCUCUACAUGGGCGAGUCCUUCAGCCGACAGGAGGCUACCACCCUCUUCUUUGGUGCGACCAAGCUCUUCCAGCACAAGGAUCCCGCCCUCCGACAGAUGGUCUACCUCGCCAUCAAGGAGCUCUCUCCCUUCUCCGACGACAUCAUCAUGGUCACUGCUUCUAUCAUGAAGGACAUGCAGCCCAAUGUCGAGGUCAUCUACCGUCCCAACGCCAUUCGUGGUCUCAGCCGCGUUGUGGACCCUUCCAUGGUGCAGGGUCUCGAGCGCUUCUUCAAGUCGGCCAUCGUCGACAAGAACACCUCCAUCAGCUCGGCCGCCCUCGUCUCCGCCUACCAGCUUCAGAUCGCUGCUCGGGAUGUCGUUCGCCGAUGGGGCAAUGAGGCACAGGAAGCCAUCAACUCCAAGAGCUCUUCCGGUGGAGGCUACUCCAGCGGCUUUGCUGGCGCUGGCAGCUACCUCGGCUUUGGUUCGUCCCAAACGCAAGCGCAGAGCACCUAUCAGGCCGUUGCAAGCAGCAGCUACAUAACUCAGUACCACGCUCUCGGCUUGCUUUACCUCAUCCGACAGGGCGACCGUAUGGCCAUCACCAAGCUCGUUCAGCAGCUCGGCGGUGGUCGCGGUGGUGCAUCGAGCGGUCAAGGCAGCGUGCUCCGCAGCCCUUACGCCAUCUGCAUGCUCGUCCGAUAUGCUGCCAAGGUGGCAGAAGAGGAUCCCAACCUUCGUGCUCCCAUGAUGGAGCUCCUCGAAGGCUGGCUGCGCCACAAGAGCGACAUGGUCAACUACGAGGCGGCUCGUGUCAUUUGCGAGAUGAGGAACGUCUCCACCACCGACCUGUACAGACCCAUUGCCGUCCUCCAGCUUUUCCUCUCCUCGCCCAAGGCCACGCUCAAGUUUGCUGCCAUCCGAACGCUCGCCAAGCUCGCCCAGACCCAGCCAGCCGCCGUUCAGACCUGCAACGUCGACAUGGAGAACCUCAUCACCGACACCAACAGGAGCAUCGCCACCUACGCCAUCACCACGCUGCUCAAGACCGGUAACGAAGCCUCCGUCGACCGUCUGAUGAAGCAGAUCAGCGGAUUCAUGUCCGAGAUCAGCGACGAGUUCAAGGUUAUCGUCGUCGAUGCCAUUCGCAGCCUCUGCCUCAAAUUCCCUUCCAAGCAGACCACCAUGCUCACCUUCCUCGCUGGUGUCUUGCGUGACGAGGGUGGCUUCGAGUACAAGCGUGCCGUCGUCGAAGCCAUCUUUGACAUGAUUAAGUUUAUCGGCGAAUGCAAGGAGACCGCCCUCGCCCACCUCUGCGAGUUCAUCGAGGACUGCGAAUUCACUAAGCUCAGCGUCCGCAUCUUGCACUUGCUCGGUGUCGAGGGUCCCAAGAUGCCGCAGCCUCACAAGUACAUCCGCUACAUCUACAACCGUGUCAUUCUCGAGAACGCCAUCGUCCGCGCGGCUGCCGUCAGCUCGCUCGCUAAGUUCGGAAUCGCCGAUAAGUCGCUCAACACGCGCAUCAAGGUGCUGCUCGAGCGAUGCCUCGAUGAUGUCGACGACGAGGUGCGCGACCGUGCCGCCAUGUACCUGCGCGUGCUGCGCGAGUCGAGGCUGGCCGCCAAGGUGGUCAACGACGAGUCGAGCUACAAGCUCACAGCGCUCGAGUCGGCUCUUCAGUCUUACAUCUCGGACCCUUCCUCGUCUACGAGCGGCUUCGACAUUGCCAAGGUGCCGCGUGUUACUCGCGAAGAGGCACGACAGGAAGCGCUUCGAGCCAAGACCGAAGCCACUGCUAGCGUCGCCAUGGCCGCCGACAGCUCCAAGAGUGUCCACGCCGCCUCCAACAACGGCGCGUCCACAUCCAAGGCGGCUACCGCGGCGGAUUCCGAGACGCUGUACGCCAAGCAGCUGGCCGAGGUGCCGCAGUUUGCCGACUACGGUCCGGUGCUCAAGAGCUCCUCCAAGCCAGUGGAGCUGACCGAGUCCGAGACCGAGUACGUCGUCAGUGCGGUCAAGCAUGUCUUUGCCGAGCACAUCGUCAUUCAAUACAACGUCACCAACACGUUGCCAGAUACGGUGCUGGAGAACGUAGCUGUGGUGGUGGGUGGUGCGGCCGAGGCGGGGCUGCAGGAAGACUUUAUCGUCACGGUUCCUGCGCUGUCUGCGCAGAGUCCGAGCGGUCAAGUGUACGUCUCGUUCACACGCGAGGGUGGAGCUACGGACUAUGCGAUGGGUACAUUGUCCAACACGCUGCGCUUUGUGUCGAAGGAAGUCGAUCCUUCCUCGGGCGAACCCGAGGAGGAAGGGUACGACGACGAGUACCAGACCGAAGAGCUCGAGCUGGGUGUCGCGGACUACAUCAAGCCCGUCUACGCCAAUUUCGGGAAGGAGUGGGACAAGCUUGCAUCCGCACCUACGGCGACGGAGACCUUUGCGCUCACGGCGCUCGACGGGCUCAAGACGGCGUGCGAUACGCUGAUCGAGCUGCUAGGCAUGAUGCCUCUGGGCGGCACCGAGGCGCCGUCCAGCACGAGCGUGCAUACGUUGAAUCUGUCCGGUGCCGUGGCGGGUGUAGGUAAGAACGUCAAGGCGCUGACGAGGUGUAGGAUGACCUUUGCGGCAGGGCAGGGCGUGACCAUGGAGCUGUCCGUCCGAGCCGAGUCGGACGAGGCUUGCCAGUUGGUCAUGAGCGCCAUUGCCUAG